GGCGAGGUAAUAGAUUCACAUUCACUGCUUUCAUUCUCUUUACCUUUUCUCACAUCGUUCCAAAGGUUUCAUCUUUCACCCGCUUCGCCCUUUUUUCAAUUCCAGGUUUGGUUGUGAUUCAAUUUUCAAACCAAAGUUUCUUUAUAGAGAUUAUUUUUGCAGAAGAAGUAUAAUUGUAGAGACAGAUGGAUCACUAUGGUUCUUCUGGAGGAACCUGGACCAUGAUCCCAACUCACAAUUCAAAUGUCCAAUCCCAAUCCCAAUCGAACCAGGACCCUAACCUUUUUCUUCAACAACAACAACAACAACAACAAUUUAUCCAACCACAACCUUUUCAGCAAACACUACAACCUCAAUCUCCAUUUCAACAGCACCAGCACCUUUAUCAGCAGCAACAACAGCAGCAACGUCUACUACAACAGCAACAGCAACAACAGCAACAGCAGAACCUUCACCAAUCACUCGCCUCUCACUACCAUCUCUUACAUCUGGUGGAGAAUUUGUCUGAGGUUAUUGAACAUGGAAACCCAGAUCCGCAAUCAGAUGCAUUGAUCAAUGAAUUGAGUAACCACUUUGAGAAGUGCCAGCAACUGUUAAACUCAAUCUCGGACUCGAUUAGCACCAAGGCUAUGACAGUUGAGGGACAGAAGAAGAAGCUAGAGGAAAGUGAGCAAUUGCUAAAUCACAGAAGAGACUUGAUUGCCAAUUACAGAAAAUCUGUGGAGGAGCUUGUUAGGUCUGAGCCAUAAGAGAGUGUUAUCCAUUCAGAUAGAUCUUGCUGUAGAUGUGAGUGUUGUAUUUCUCCAUUCGGAUUAUUUAUGUUCAACCUUGGAGAUUUAAAGCCUGUGCAUGAAUUUAUAAUUUAAUAGAUAUUCUGCAAGUUCCUUGUCAAGUUUUGGCCCAUGUAUGUCAGUUUCUAUUCAUGAAACAAGGUCAAAUUAUCAGAAAGACAUGACAUAUUAUUAAGAGCAAACUCUGGCAAUUCGGAGCAACGAGGAAUGUAAUGUUAAUGAUAUAUGAUAAAAAAUUGGUUGCCUCUUAUAUAAUGUUGGGGAUUUUGUCAAAUCUUUGUUGAUGUUGAAUCACAGGAUAAUAACUACUAUUAUUUUAAUGA